CUCUCCCUCGGUCUCAGCGAGCUAAUUAAUGCUCCGCUCUUCCCUGGGUUUUGCAUUUCCACCAACACCCCCCUCCAGGAUGGUGGGCCUUUCGCUGAAACUGCAAGAUCUGAUCGAGGAGAUUCGCGGGGCCAAGACCCAGGCCCAGGAGCGAGAGGUGAUCCAGAAGGAGUGUGCCCAAAUCCGGGCCUCCUUCCGUGAUGGGGACCCUCUGCACAGGCACCGCCAGCUGGCCAAACUGCUCUACGUCCACAUGCUGGGCUACCCUGCCCACUUUGGACAGAUGGAGUGCCUGAAACUGAUCGCCUCCCCCAGAUUCACAGACAAGAGGGUGGGCUACCUGGGGGCCAUGCUUCUGCUGGAUGAGAGGCAGGAUGCCCACCUGCUCAUUACCAACAGCAUCAAGAAUGACCUGAGCCAGGGGGUUCCAGCAGUCCAGGGCCUAGCCUUGUGCACCUUGAGUACCAUGGGCUCUGCUGAGAUGUGUCGAGACCUGGCCAGUGAGGUGGAAAAACUACUCCAGCAGACCAGCCCCUAUGUGCGCAAGAAGGCUAUCCUGACAGCGGUGCACAUGAUCCGGAAGGUACCUGAUCUCUCCACCAUCUUCCUCCCACCCUGUGCCAAACUGCUUCAUGAGCACCACCACGGCAUCCUUUUGGGUACCAUCACACUGAUCACUGAGCUCUGUGAGCAAAGCCCAGCAGCCCUCAAGCACUUUCAAAAGGUGGUGCCCCACCUGGUGCAGAUCCUCCGAACUCUGACCACAACCGGCUACUCCUCAGAGCACAGCAUAGCCGGAGUCAGCGACCCUUUCCUGCAGGUCCAGGUCCUUCGUCUGCUUCGGAUUCUGGGCCGGAACCAUGAGGAGAACAGUGAGGCCAUGAAUGACCUGCUGGCUCAGGUGGCCACCAACACUGACACCAGCCGGAAUGCGGGCAAUGCGGUUCUGUUUGAGACGGUGCUGACUAUCAUGGACAUCCGCUCUGCAGCCGGCCUGAGGGUUUUAGCUGUCAACAUUCUUGGCCGCUUUUUGCUCAACAAUGACAAGAACAUCAGAUAUGUGGCGCUAACAUCUUUGCUCCGGCUGGUGCAGACCGAGCACAGCGCAGUCCAGCGACACCGACCCACCGUGGUGGAGUGUUUGCAGGAAUCUGAUGCCUCUCUCAGCCGGCGGGCCCUGGAACUGAGCCUUGCUCUUGUGAACAGCUCCAAUGUGCGGGCCAUGACUCAGGAGCUGCAGCGCUUCCUUGAGUCCUGUCCCCCAGAGCUACGGGCUGACUGUGCCUCUGGCAUCCUGCUGGCUGCUGAGAGGUUUGCCCCAACCAAGCGGUGGCACAUAGACACCAUUCUGCACGUGCUGACAACGGCUGGGACUUACGUCCGGGAUGAUGCUGUGGCCAACCUGAUCCAACUAAUUGGGGGGGCCCAGGAGCUACAUGCCUAUUCAGUGCACCGCCUCUACAGUGCCCUAGCAGAGGACAUUUCCCAACAGCCGCUGGUGCAGGUGGCAGCCUGGUGCAUCGGCGAAUACGGAGACCUCCUGCUGGCCGGGAGCUGUGAAGACACUGAGCCCCUUCAGGUGGAAGAGGAGGAGGUGUUGGCACUGCUGGAAAGGGUACUGCAGUCCCACAUAUCCCUGCCGGCCACCCGGGGGUAUGCCCUCACUGCCCUAAUGAAACUCAGCACCCGGCUCAAUGGAGACAACAACCGCAUCCGCCAGAUAGUGUCCAUCUAUGGGAGCUGCCUAGACGUGGAGCUGCAGCAGCGAGCCGUGGAGUAUAACAUGCUCUUCCGGAAAUACGACCACAUGAGGGCUGCCAUCCUGGAGAAGAUGCCACUUGUAGAGCGAAGUAGCUUUCAGAAUGAGGAAGAAGAUCAGGAGAGCCAGAGGGAAGCGGCCCCAAUGCCCACUGAGCCCCAGGACUCGAAGCUCUUGGAUCUCUUAGAUCUCCUGAAUGAUCCUUCUGGAGAGGUCCAGCAGCCACCCCUGCUGGCCCCUUCCCCAGGAGGCACCGUUACACAUCUCCUGGACCUUCCCUGUGAGCCUCCAUCCCUGGCUCUUACCCAGGAUCUCAGAGUGUUUGAGCGUGAUGGGCUGCAGCUGAAUCUGUCUUUCGUCCGACCCCCAGAGACACCUGCCCUGCUCUUAAUCACUGUCACUGCUACCAAUACCUCAGGGGCUGAUGUCACCCAUUUUAUCUGCCAGGCAGCCGUGCCCAAGAGCUUCCAGCUGCAGUUGCAGGCUCCCAGUGGGGACAUCGUUCCAGCCCAGGGUGGCCUGCCAGUGACCCAGCUCCUCAGAGUCCUCAAUCCCAACAAGGCCCCUCUGCGGCUCAAGCUGCGCCUCACCUACAAUCACUGCGGCAAGUCGGUGCAGGAGAUCUUCGAGGUGAACAACCUGCCAGUGGAGACGUGGCAGUAACUCAGUGCCCCCUGCCCACAGUCCCUGAAAUCGCCAGCAGGGGGCGCCUUGGUCCCGCAUGUCCCCUACCUAUUGAUAACACCCAAUAAAGCCUGAGGGGGGAGUCAUAUUUGGGUAGCCUUGAGUGAGAAAUCAUCUGAAUAACAUCUAGGGACCAGCCUCUGAGAAAUGAAUGUAUCUUUCUCUGA